AUGUUAGGAGCACGUGACGAGGCAGCUGAAUUUGAUGAGAUGGAUUCCUCAACAUCUGCAGAGAUGUUUAAUGAUGAUCCAAGGUUUGUUUUCAGUAAGCACUUCUAUUUUUGCUAGGCUGAGGAGAGCCCAAAAUGUUUUCAAGAUAACGUGAAACCAGAAGCAUACAACCCCGAAGCAUAUAACUUUGUCGCAAUGCUGGGGUUUUUUAGGGAACCAAUCAAAAUUUACUUCCUAAUAUGGAAUUACUGAUAAGCGAGAUUGUCGCGCGAGUGCUCUAUAGGAAAACUUGUAUCGCGAUGUAAAUGAUGCGGUGCAAAAAGCAUUUACUGUUUUACGAGGUAAUAUUUGACAAAACACGGAAUUCACUACAUGUAUUAAUCCCCAAAUGACUAGGACUAAGUUAGUUCCUCCUAACAAGACAAAGUCGACUAUCAAUGACAUGACCGUAAGAGAAGCGCUUUCUUAAAGUUUAUAAUUUUUUUUACUUCAGAAACUGUUUUUGCGUGACCAUUAGCGCAAAUAACCUUUACAAAAUCACCUGCCAUCUAUCUAGAAUAACAAGUAACACAUAUUUUCAAAUAAACUUCACUAGUUGCUGAACUCGAAAGUAAAAAUUGUGCAAAAUUCGUUGCCACCGUCGCAGAAGUGAUGCGUGUAAUAAGAUCAAAGAAUGAAGCGCAAGUUAAGAAGACUUCAGAUGCCGGCGAUCAUGUUUUCAACUAAUGCAAGACUAAUGUUGUGAAUGAACAAACAAAAAACAAUAAACAGACAAAUUGUUUCUUGAAAAUGUUUAUUCGAAAACCCACAAGUGUACCGUUAAAAGCAAUUCACGUAACACUGACUGGAUCGUGAAUCAGCUCCCACAAGUAAACUCGGCUGAGCACAUGGCAAAAAUCAACACUAAUAUUAUCUGUAUAAGAUCGGGCACAUUUCCCAAUUUUUCUUGAAAACUCUAUCAAAUAUAUAUAAAACGUCUAUUUAUAAAUACAUGAACUUCCUUUCAAUAACGUCCUUUCCUUGAGCAUAACGUGUAAAAUGUAAGUUUACCUGAAAAUUAUUUAAAAAGGUUAAUGACUUGGUCGCAGUUCAGAAAAAAACAAGCGCUCCGCCGUGAAAGAAACAAGGUCGAAGUGCUGGAAGGUAAAUUUCGCAGCUUAAAACUUUUCUUUGUCCCCAAAAAUAAAAAAACGUUUACAUGUUACACAUCUAAUCAAAACUGCCAUACAUACAUGUAUACAUUCGCGCACUGCUCUGAAUGAGAAUUAAAAAAUGUACCCUCACAAAAAAAAAAAAGAUUCCAUUCCGACUUCGUGGGCGCCUUGUACAACGCUUCUGCAAAGCUUGCCAUAUCACCAUGCUGGUUUUGCUGAAUGAGAACAGAAGCCGCAGAGAACUGGUUUGAGGAUGAUCUUUGACGGUCAAACCACAGGUGGCCCAAACGUAAUAUGAGAGUUUGUAUGGAAAAUACCGGUAAAGAGUUUGUAUGGGCAAUAAAGAGUUUGUAUGGGAAAUGAAACUUAGAUGAAAUAAACGAAAUAAAGCGGUAAAAGUUAUCACUAAAGUGUAAAUAUUGUUUCCUGGUGUCGUUGUCUUUGUUUUUACGAAGUUUCAGCGCGAUUUUAGUACUUUUACAUCGUUUGACCUGACAGUGUAAUAAAAAGAGUCUCUUAUUACCACCAACUGAAAAUUCAACCCAGUAUUAUUCAUUUAAAAACCCCUCUGUAAAUUGCUUGUAGUUAAGUUGGCAUCCUUAUUUAAGAUAGACAUUAAUCGAAGGUUGUACUUUUGAUUCCAUCUGCACACUUUAAACACCAAUGCCAAAGCCAGCAUUACUUCGGUAAAGUAAUGCUCAGCACCUUUAGGAUUUCAUUCGUAAAUUCAAAAAGUGCUCCGAAAAGUACUGAAUUUUCAACUUUCUUAUUUUAUCCAUAAACUUAAAACUUAGAUCCACCUUGUGCAGCAAAAUAAAUAUAAACAACAUCACCAAAUAGUGACUGCUUAGUGGCUCUCACUUUAACGCUGGCACAUGAGAAUUUUACCUAUAAACUCACCUCGUACAGAAUAGUAAAAAGUAACACAGACUCAAAGUUUGUGCCAAACUUCAUAAUCGAAGCUUCGAUUCAGAACGAUGUAGGGCUUAACUUGUAUGUCUCAUGUCAAUGACUGACAGUUUUUUCUGGUAUUUGUGGUUUAUCUCAGAUUUGUUGUGAAUCGACAGGCCAACAAACUUUGGUUUCGUGUGAAGGUUAUGCCUAAAAAACCUUUAGGCGAUGUUAAGGUAUGUUUGAUUUCAUAUGCAGAAUAGAUUUUUUGUUUGGCCAUUUUCCAUUCGUCAAUUCUUGUUUUUAGACGUGUUACCCAUAACACCUUGUAGUGCAUAUACGUAGUAUAUCAUACAUUAGUAACAUUCAACUGGUGGUCUAUUAUCAAUGCUGCGUCCUGAUUGGUUGAACUGCUACUAGGCUAUAUGUUAUAGCGCACUAGUAGCGAAAAGCGCCGGCUUUGUGGCGGCAAAAAACGAAAAGUCUAGCUUUAACUAGCUAAAGUUGUUUUGUCUCGAUAUUUUUUUACCAACUAGUUGGAUUUUACUAAAACAAUUAUUCCUCUCGCCCUCAUGGCUUCUGAGUUAAUAGCCCAUGUGGCCGAAGGCCUCAUGGGCUAUUGACUCAGAGCCCAUUCGGGCUCGAGGAAUAAUUGUUAAAUGUAUUCUGUUGUGUUGUCUUUCUGUCUCAUUUCUGCCUCAGUCUCUUCUCCUUACUGUAAGGAUCAGUUUAUCGUUUUUGCUAGUCUUCGAAGAUAUAUUUGGUCUCAUAUAGAUCUAAUAAAGAUCCGGCACUUCUCACUGGUUUGUCGCUGUGUUUGAAUCAGUCAAAUUUAUUUAACCGCGUAACACCUAGUGCCACAAAAGUGUACGUUCCUUCUUUUGAGCUUUUGAAUACGAAAUACACCCCUUGAAGGAAACUGCCUUAACAAUUUUGUCACCUAUUUGAGCGUCUUUAGGCACAUUUGACAGUGAAUUCCAGUCAUACUGUUCUCAGUAGCCUCCGAUAUCAGGUUCUUGACGUUUUGUGUUUAUUAUUGCAGUUCUCGAUGAUUAUGCAGUAUGACUACAAGCAUACAGCCACAGCUUUGGUUCGAGGCAGCCAGGAAUCUGAGGAGCAGAUUGUGACGCUGAAGCAUAUAAUGCAUAUCAAUCUUGGUCCCGUACAAAGUGAAGCUUAA